CCUGGGGUUCAGGCUGGUUGCGGCCCGCAGCCCCCGCGGCACCUGCUGAGUCCCCAGUCCACCCUCAGGCUCCUGGAAAAUCCUCCCCCGCUUUGGCGCCCCGUGCGGGGCACGUGUGGGGGCGGGAAGAGGGUGGGGACUCGGCCAGACGUCCCGGCCCUCCCCGUCGCCCCCCACCGCAACUCGGCAGCCGUCACGUGGCGCCGGGAGCCGGAGGUGGGCAGAGGAGGCGAGACUUUGGGGCGCCCCAGAGCUCGCUCGUCCCUUCAGGAGUUCCUGGGAGACGCCGCGCUCCGGCCAGGACGCGCGCGGGAGGAGCCGGCGGGCGAUGCGGGCGCCGUUGGCGGCACCUGCGGCUCCUCUGGGCGGCCGUAGCCCCUGCAGCCUCCGCCACAGCCUCGGGAGCGCCCGCCCGCGCCCGGCCCCACCGCUCCGGGAGGAUGUGGAUCCUCGGCAUCGCAGCAACUUUUUGCGGAUUGUUCUGGCCCCAAGGGCUAGCGCUUCAAAUCCAGUGUUACCAGUGUGAGGAGUUCCAGCUGAACAACGACUGUUCCUCCCCGGAGUUCAUUGUCAACUGCACCGUGAAUGUUCAAGACAUGUGUCAGAAAGAAGUGAUGGAGCAAAGUGCAGGGAUCAUGUACCGCAAGUCCUGUGCAUCGUCGGCAGCCUGUCUCAUCGCCUCGGCUGGGUACCAGUCCUUCUGCUCCCCAGGGAAACUGAACUCAGUGUGCAUCAGCUGCUGCAACACCCCACUUUGCAAUGGGCCUCGGCCCAAGAAAAGGAGCAGCUCUGCCUCCACCCUUCGGCCCGGGCUCUUCACCACCAUCCUGCUCCUCAGAUUAGUUCUCUUUUUGACACAGUGUUGAUGGGAUGCUAGUCCCUCCCGUAUUGUUCCUCCUGGCCCAUUCCCACCCCCUGAGAAUCUCCUGGGAGGGGAGUCUGUGUUCCCUUUCAUUUUGUUCCUUUGCAAAUCAUGAAAGAGCACAGUGUAACCUCUGAAUAACUUCA